AUGCAGAGUAGUCAGAAAGGCUGUGAGAUUUGUGGCAACUUCAACAAACUCUUCAAUGAACAAGACAUAAAACACAGUCUUAGUAGAGAAAAAGCUACGGAGAAAAGAUGCUCAGUACACACACCGUUACUAGACUGGGUAGAGAAUAAGUAUGCCGAACGAAAUCAGCUUGAGAGGGAAGCUGGUUAUAAAUCUCGCAACUAUGAAGCGUCUGGGUUUUAUCUUGCGCAGAAGAACGGCGAUAUACCUUCAGUGGCGGUGACCGACUACAGAGGUCGACCGCAAGGCCCGUAUCAAAUCAUUCAACACAAAUUGAAUGCAUCGGAAGAUUCUCAACAGGAUGCUUACACGAGUGUGAUCGAUCCAAACUGGAUUAAUUUUGGUAUAGCGAGAUCCUGGAUGAACAAGUGCAUCACGGAACAUAAAUCAGAAUGCCAGAGUCCUCUGAAUCUGCAGACAGUUUCUCCUGCGUGGCUUAUCGACACCAAAGAUGAUUGUUUGAUACCAGGCACAACCAGUAAUGAAUACAUAGCUUUGAGCUAUAGAUGGGGGCCAUCUCCAGCUCCGCAGAUGGACACAGAUACUUUCAACCAGAUGUCAGUCCCUGGUGGUCUUUCAAAGCAAAAGGCAUUCCUUACACCUACGGUCCGACACGCAAUCCAUACCGUCCGCGAACUUGGCGAGCGAUAUUUGUGGGUAGACGCGAUAUGCCUUCCACCUGAUGACAUUGAACAAGUAUCGCAACAGUUGCAGCUCAUGGGCUCCAUUUAUGCCUCGGCAAAGCUCACAAUUGUUGCGCUUGAUGGUGAUGCAAACACUGGCUUCCAAGGUCUCAAGGGCGAAUCAUUACCUCGGAAACUACCAAACUUGUUCCCGUGGAAGAGUGAUACGAACCUUUUGUUGAGGAAUCAGCCUAAGUUGUCGGCCAUGGAUGUACAGGCAUCGGAAUACUUUACGCGUGGAUGGACGUAUCAAGAAUACAUGCUAUCUCAAAGACGAUUAAUCUUUGGCAAUCAACAGAUUCAUUGGAAAUGCUCUUGUGCAGACUGGCACGAAGAUCUUCCUACUCUACAGGAAGAACAAAAGGGAAAGUCUGUCCGGCCCAGGUCAUUGGGAUUUCCUAAUAUCAAAAGGGGUUUGUCGGAUAUCCGAGAAUUCGGGAUACUAAUCAACGAGUAUAGCGCUCGAGAGCUCAAGUAUCCUGAAGAUGCGUACCCAGCUGCGGAUGGUCUUUUGAACUAUCUCGGAAAACUAGCUUUUCCAGGAGGGUUCUUAUUUGGUCUUCCCAAGGUAUACUUUGGCAUGGCAUUGAUGUGGUCCGUUGAGUUCGGAAUGGCUAAUCCAAAUAGGCCCCAGAGGCCUGGUCUGGUUCGAAGGAAACCCUCCGAAAGAAGCCACUCCAUUCUACCAAACACACAUCUCCCUUCGUGGUCCUGGGUAGGAUGGAGUGGGUAUGGUGUUCAUAUGCUCGAUAGGGAGGCUCAGUUUAGAUGGGCAGAUCUGUUACUUUCUGAAAACGGCUGGAAUCCUGUCCAGCUCAUCAGGACUUCAAGUAUCACUAUGCCAAUCACCGAAUGGUUCAGUCAUAGCUCCAAGAACUGGAAUGUCACACAAGCUCUUCAGAAUCACGCUACGAUAUAUGAUAAGAAUUCCGACAUUUCUUAUGAUAAACGCGUAUGGACUAGGAAGGAGUUUGACCCUGCUAAACACGGGUCAAAAGCCAAAGACUUUAACCCACCUUUCGGCUUCAGUGGAAAGAAUGUUUUUGAACAUGUCAAUCUGCCUGGCAAAUACUUCUGGUGGCCUCUGCCGCCUUCCAGCUCAUCACGCCACGAUGUAGAGGAAAGUCUCAGCCAAAGUCCGCUCAUUUCCUGUCGAGCAAAGCGUGCUUGGUUUGGGGCCACUCAGGUGGUCCGCUAUAUUCGAGACGUCAACAUGGAUGCUCACCUUCGUCUGUUAGACAAGAAUAACAGACUUUGUGGCUGGCUUCAACUACCAAAUAACGAUGAAUUGGCCAAAUUUCCCGAGUCCAUGAUUAGAGAGGGCAUGGCAAAUCAUUCAGACACGUUAAGCUUGAACGGGGUCUUUCUCAACCCAUCACCUAACCGGGAUGAAUCGCUUGAACUGGUUGCGAUUUGCCGGUGCAAGUUUGCUGACAUCGAAACGAUGGAUGAUGAGAUACAAUACAAGGAGUUCUAUGGCGUACUGUGGGUGGAUUGGAAUGAUGGCAUUGCUCACAGGAAGGGAUGUGGAUAUGUGAAGAAAGAGCUCUGGGAAGAGCAGGAUCUCGAGGACGUUAAUCUGAUUCUUGGGUGA